UGCUCCUUGGCUCCGCCCCCACCUUUGAAACGUCAACAGCGGCAAACUUUCGGGCUCCUUUGGGGGGGAAAAUGAGCGGCCGAGUCGAGGCGCCGCGGUGGAGGAAGGUGCCCUCCGUUACCGGAGUCAUCCCGCGGUCCAGGCACGGACACCGGGCGGCGGUGAUCCGCGAGCUGAUCAUCGUUUUCGGGGGAGGGAACGAGGGGAUAGCGGAGGACCUCCACGUUUACAACACGGUCUCAAAGCAGUGGUUUCUUCCUGCGGUGAGGGGGGACAUCCCGCCCGGGUGCGCCGCUCAUGGCUUUGCCUGCGAGGGCACGCGCAUCCUGGUCUUUGGCGGCAUGGUUGAGUACGGGAAGUACACAAACAGCCUGUACGAGCUUCAGGCCAGCCGGUGGCUUUGGAAGAAGCUGAAGCCGAGGGCCCCCAGAAACGGCUCCCCUCCGUGCCCUCGGAUCGGGCACAGCUUCACCCUGUUGGGGGGCAAGUGUUACCUGUUUGGAGGCCUGGCCAACGACAGCGAGGACCCCAAUCGCAAUGUGCCGAGGUACCUGGACGACUUCUACGAGCUGGAGCUGCAGCCGACGACGGGGGCCAAAGGCUGGAACAUCCCUGACACCAAGGGCGGCGGCCCGUCUGCGCGGGAGUCCCACACCUGCGUCGCCUACUCGGGCCUGGGUUCCCCCAAGCUCUACGUGUUUGGGGGGAUGCAAGGAUGCCGCCUGAAUGACCUCUGGCAGCUUGAUCUCAACUCCAUGGUUUGGUCCACGCCCCAGACGUACGGCUCCACUCCUCUACCCAGAAGUCUUCACUCGGCGAACGUCAUUGGAAACAAGAUGUAUGUUUUUGGCGGCUGGGUUCCCGUCCCGGGGUCAGACGGACACAUUACCGCCGGAACCGAGUGGAUCUGCUCCAACUCUUUGGAUUGUCUUAACUUCGACGCCAUGUUCUGGGAGAGCCUGAGCCCAGAGCAGCAGGACGACGUGGAAUCGCAGCCGGCGAACCCGGGCCCGCAGGUCGACGACCCGUACGCCUGUUGGCCCAGAGCCAGGGCGGGCCACUGCGCCGCCUCCGUCGGCCCCAGGCUUUACAUCUGGAGCGGCCGCGACGGCUACCGCAAGAGCUGGAACUACCAGGUGUGCUGCAAGGACCUCUGGUACCUGGAGACAGAUCGACCCGCCACACCAGAAGGCGUGAUGCUGGUCAAAUCCACCAUCAGCAUGCUGCACGUGGCGUGGCGCCCCCUGGCUGGAGCAGACUGCUACAUCCUUCAGAUGCAGCCUGUGGCCAGGCUUCCAGCCGCCAAGUCGGUGGAGACGGCCGGAGCAGAAAGUGGGAAACCUGCAGGUGCCCAGUCUCUUCAGAAUCCAAACGCGGACACGUCCGGUCCAGAACAGAAGGCGUCGGCCCAGUUCCAGGAUCCAUCAGUGCAACCAGACGGAACCAAAGCAGAGGAUUGGAGUGCCGGGAGAGGGACGGAGGUCUCGGGGUCCAAAAAAUGCGCUGGAGGGGCGAUGGAAGACAGCAGCUCAGCUCUGCAGCAGCCAGACAAACAAAUCGCUUCAGCUGACAGAGCGGGGGAUCUGUACACCAACACAGAUCAGGUCAAGGAGAAUCAAGAUGGCGCCACGUGGUUCGACGUGGGUGUGUUUAAAACGCUGUACUCUGAGGUCAGCCACUACUUCCUGCCCGCUGAAGACAACCAGCCGCUCCACCAGAAGAAGCUCCCCGGGCCUCAGGACUAUCAGGGCAGGGAGAAGAGAGAGCUGAGUCCAGGCCAGAUGUACAGGUUCAGAGUCGCGGGAAUAAACUGCUUCGCUCAGGGAGACUUCAGCCCAGCCAGCGAGUUUAGGACCUGCCACCCCGGCUUUCCCGGAGCGCCCGCUGCCGUCAAAAUUUCCAAGGUCGGUGAUUCGGUGCAGAUUACCUGGGAGGCGCCCUCGUCUCCGUCAGGCCGGAUCGUGGAGUACUCCAUGUACCUGGCGGUGAGGAAGAGCCGCUCCAGCUCCGAUCGGCCGGGGCAGAUGGCCUUCAUCCGCAUAUACCGCGGCACCAAGACAUCCUGCCUGGUCAGCUCCUCCCAGCUGGAGAACGCCCACAUCGACAGCUCCCUGUCCAGCCGCCCCGCCGUCGUCUUCCGCAUCGCGGCCAAGAAUGAGCAGGGCUACGGGCCGGCGACGCAAAUCCGCUGGAUCCAAGAUCCCAUUAACGUGCGGGUCUCAAAAACAGACAGCAGUGCUGAGGCAGAUCCAGACGCAGCUGACAGCUCCAGCUGAGACGGUCCUGGACCGGCUACUUGAAAAGAAAUCCACUCAGGAAGUUGAAUUGAACAUUUCCUAAACAUCUUUCCUAAUUUAUUUUUCUGUUUGUGAUGAAGCUGUAAAUAGAUGAAUGGAUAAUUUAA